AUGAGUCUGACUUCUGUGGUUUCCUGGAGUCUGAUGUCAGGCUAUAAAACCUUGCUGGGAGCAGGACGAGACCCCAGAUGCAGCCCCACCUCUCAGGGAUCUCAGAAGGCUGUGAUGGAGCUCCUGCUGCCCCUCCUGCUGCCCGUCCUGCUGGUGAUGUGCCCCCCAGUCAGCAGCGCCCCAUCCAUUGCAGAUUAUCCCUGGAAGUGGAGGGAGAGAAGAGGAGAAGCCAAGGCACCCUCCAGGGCACACCCCACACCCUACGUGGCCUUUCUGCAGGGGAAGGACAACCAGUCCUGUGGAGGCUUCCUGGUGGCUCCUGGCUGGGUGAUGACAGCAGCUCAGUGCCUCGUGCACAAACCUCUGACUGUCAUCCUGGGAGCCCACACGCUGCAAAGGAGAGAGGAGAGCUGGCAAACCUUCCAGGUCAAGGAGUACCACUGCCACCCAGGCUUCACCAGCCCUAAGAAGGGGAAUGACAUCCUUCUGCUGAAGCUGAAUGGCAAUGCCACCAGCAAUGGCCAGGUCAGGCCCAUUUCCUUUGAGAAAUCCAAAGUUCGGGGCAGCACCGAGUGCAGCGUGGACGGCUGGGGCCACAGGACAGCCACUGUGACCAUCAUCAAACAAAGGGACUGCCUCAGCCACUACCCAGGGCUCGCUGACAACUUGAUCUGUGGCCGCAGCAGAUCCUCCGGGCCGCCUGAAAAGGGUGAUGCUGGGGAUCCUCUGGUCUGCAACAACAAAGCCUUUGGCAUCUUCUCCUACAGGCACAACAACUGGCCUGGCUUCUACACACACAUUGCUCCUUACCUCCCCUGGGUCAACAGUGUCAUGAAGUCCUCGUGACCCUGCUCCCCCUGCAGCGAGCUCACCCUCCAGGGCCCCGUCCUCACCAGCUUUCCUUUCCUUUCUCCCUGGGAAACCUCUGCCACUGCUCCUCGUGGAUGUGCCAAGGACUUCUCCGUGGCCAAGCCGAGCUCUGCCCGUGCUGGGGCUGGCACAGAGGUGGUGCCUUGGCCGGGUUUGUCCCCUCUGGACUCCUUCACUGCUGCCCUGACUUUGCCCUUUGUGGCUGCAGCUCCGGAGAGGAGGCAGCAGGACAGCCCCAGAGAGGUGCCAGUAGCUGAGGGGAUGUCUGGAACCCUCAGGGGAAGGCUGCACAAGGAGAUCAGAGGGAUGCAAAGAGCAGCCUGUCAUUUGUGGCGCGUCUGGGUGUCCUCUGCCCAAGCCCUGGGCUGCAGGGUUGCCCAGGCUCCAAGGAGGACACUUCCAGUGCUUCACUACUGCUGGCCCUACCUCUGAAACCUGCUGCCUCCUU